GUCCACAAAACCUAACAGUUAGAAUCCAGGAAAAAGGAGUUGAAAAUUAGGGUUUGGAAUCGAUAGCGGAAGAGAAGAUGAUUGAGGUUGUGCUGAACGACAGGCUGGGGAAGAAGGUCCGCGUGAAGUGCAAUGAGGACGACACGAUCGGGGACCUGAAGAAGCUGGUGGCUGCGCAGACCGGGACGCGCUCCGACAAGAUAAGAAUCCAGAAGUGGUACAACAUUUACAAGGACCAUAUUACUCUAAAGGACUAUGAGAUCCAUGACGGCAUGGGUCUCGAGCUCUACUACAACUAAUUAAUCCGCACCUUCAAGUAAUUUUCAAUCUUCUUCUCUCUUUCUUUAUGCAUACAUGUUUUUGCUGGGAUGGAAUUGACUGAAUUCUAGCAGUGUUAUAGGGGAUUUGAUAUGUGUUUCUUAAAAGGACUUGUUGGUCUUUCUUAUAUUGAUUAUAUGCGUUUCAAGUU